AGUAGUGUAUGUGACUGUGUAUGGUCAGCAUUUUUUUAAAAAAUCAUGUUUACUUACUAAUUUAAAUGCACAGACCUUACUUUCAAAGGAAAUGGUGACAAAAGGCCAACACCAGAGGGCGAAAAUUUGCUUCUUUGUGAAUCCAUGAGGUGGCAUUUGGCGCACUUGGGCGCAUUUAUCACACUUGGGGAAGCUCUUAAAGUGCAAGCCUUCAUUAAGCAAAAUCAAAUCAAAUAAAAUAAAAAUAAGCACUGUGUAUUAGAACUAUAAACACGGAAAUGUUUUGUAAAGAUGUCACUUUAUUUCCAGAAUUUCAUUUUAUGCCGUGUUCAGUUGCUAUACAGCAGCUAGGAUUUUACCACAAUAGUCUCUGGAAAAGUGCGCACUUUCCCAUUGAUUAUGCAUUUACACUUCUUAUGAUUUUGCACCAUCAGUUAAGGCCACGCCCAAAUGUCGCGUUAUUCAGGCAAGUACCCAAUCAGCUCUCAGCUCUCUAACCACUCUUGAAUUGUUUACCUAUGACGCAAGAGAUGGACCGUGACAGAGGACAGGCGGGUCCGCGCAGCCACGCACUGCUUGGGUCAUUCUGUCACGAGCGCGCUGACGUUGGAUAAUUAAGACAUGCAAUUAAGGGCACUACAGAUUCUUGCAUGGUAUUUUUGGAGGGCAUCUCUGCACUAAUUAACAAUGUUCGUCCAGUUGGGGUUUUAUUUUUUAAACUUCCUGCUUAUCACCAAUUUAUCCAUGUGUGUAGAAAUCGAUUUUUGCGAACUUGUGCAACUUGGCAGCGCAGCCAGUGAGAACGGGGAGAUAAGAACGGAUAGCAGCAUGGUUUUUCAAAUGAACGCUUUUAAACAGCUCUUCCAGCUGAACGUCGUACCUGACUCCAGUUUUCUCGCACCUGACAUCGCGUAUGAGAGACAUACAGGAGCAGUAUCCUCUCUGCACCGCUGCUUCUACUCCGGGGAUGUGAACUCGGACCCUUCCUCCUCCGCGGCUCUCAGUGUGUGUGGAGGAGUGCGCGGCGCGUUUUCUUAUAACGGUAUGGAAUACGAUUUCCAGGUCAGAGGGAAUGAGACCGUUGAUGGAUUUCCCUCAAGCGCUGGAAAGACGCACAUUAUACGCCGCCGGACUCACUAUAAUGUCACUUCAAGAUGUGGAGUAACAUCUGGAAUGAACCCAGGCACUGCAGAAUCACUGCAAAUGCGCGAGCGCGUAAAGACGCACGCAGAAAUACGAACCAAGGCUGCUCUGAAAGGCACAAACAGGACCAAAAGGUUCGUUUCUCUGCCCAGGUAUGUGGAGGUGUUGAUUGUAGCUGACGAGUCCAUGGCCAAGUUCCAUGGGGACGACCUGAGACAUUAUCUUUUGACUCUUAUGGCUGUUGCUGCCAAGCUGUACCGGCACCCCAGCAUCAUGAACCUCAUCAACAUUGUAGUAGUGGAUGUGCUGGUGAUUUAUGAGCCUGAGGAAGGACCCAAAAUCUCCAGCAAUGCUGCUGUCACACUGCGCAACUUCUGCACCUGGCAGAGAAGGUUGAACAAGGCGAAUGACAAACACCCCGAGUACUGGGACACUGCUAUUCUGUUCACAAAGCAGGACUUGUGUGGGGCUACCACCUGUGACACCCUGGGCAUGGCUGAUGUUGGAACCAUGUGCGAUCCCAAAAGAAGCUGUUCAGUUAUUGAGGAUGAUGGUCUACCUUCAGCCUUCACCACAGCACAUGAAUUAGGCCAUGUCCUCAAUAUGCCACAUGACAAUGUGAAGGCCUGUGAGAUGUUUGGGAAACUAAAGGACAACCACAUGAUGUCCCCUACCCUCAUCCAGAUUGAUCGCAACAGUCCCUGGUCCAGCUGCAGUGCAGCCAUUGUGACCAACUUCCUGGAUGCCGGCCAUGGUGACUGUCUACUGGACAAGCCCCAGAAAGUGCUUGUGCUACCAGAUGAUCCUCCGGGAACUGCCUACAGCCUCAGCCGACAAUGUGAGUUCGCAUUCGGCUCUGGGUCAAAGCCCUGCCCGUACAUGCAAGCCUGCUCAAAGCUGUGGUGUACAGGAAAGGCCAGGGGACAUCUGGUGUGCCAGACUCGCCACUUCCCCUGGGCUGAUGGCACCAGCUGUGGUAACAACAGGAUAUGCUACAGGGGUGCUUGCACUAAUAGGAACACCACAAUUAAACUCACGGUAGAUGGACAGUGGGCUAAAUGGGGAGCAUAUGGAUCUUGCUCUCGAACAUGUGGCGGAGGAGUUCAGUUGGCAAAAAGGGAGUGCAGUAGCCCUGUUCCAGAGAAUGGGGGCAAAUACUGCCAAGGCCUGCGUGUAAAAUAUCGCUCCUGCAGUCUGGAGCCAUGCAAAUAUUCAGGCAAAAGUUUUCGUGAGGAGCAGUGCGAGUCUUUCAAUAACUUCAGCCUCAACACCAACAGACUUGGACCCUCUGUGACAUGGAUCCCUAAAUACUCUGGAGUUUCUCCAAAAGACAGAUGCAAGCUUAUCUGCAGAGCCAGUGGCACAGGAUACUUUUACGUACUUGCUCCAAAGGUUGUGGAUGGAACGCUCUGCUCCCCAGAUACUUCAGCAGUCUGUGUUCAAGGAAAGUGCAUUAAAGCAGGUUGUGAUGGAAAGCUGAGCUCAAACUUAAAGUUUGACAAGUGUGGAGUGUGUGGAGGGAACAACCAGUACUGCCAAAAAUUCUCUGGAGUGUUCACCAAACCUGUACACGGAUAUAACUUUGUGAUCACUCUACCAGUUGGAGCCUCAAAUGUAGACAUUAGGCAACGUGGCUACCGUGGUUUGGUAAAUGAUGACAACUACUUAGCCAUCAAGAACAUUCAUGGUCAGUACCUUCUCAAUGGGAAUUAUGUGGUAUCUACUGUUGGGCAACACAUCAUUGUAAAUGGCACUACACUGCGCUACAGUGGAACAUCCACAGCUGUGGAGAAGCUGCAGGCACUGAGACCUCUCCAGGAGCCCCUGACAGUGGAGGUGCUGUCUGUGGGGAAAAUGACACCUCCCCGUGUUCGCUAUUCAUACUACCUGACCAAGGUCAAAGAGGGGAAGAUUCUGAAGAAGGAGGAGAAGAAGCAUGUACAGAACAGCAUUCUGGUAGACACCAACAAGGUGCAACUAAAAAAGCUAGCCUAUCAGAAACCUUCCAGUAAAUGGGUUGCCAGUGACUGGGAAGAGUGUUCUGUAAGCUGUGGCAAUGGCUUUCAGAAAAGACUUGUCCAGUGCCUGGACUCAAAUGGGAAAGCAACUGCAUAUUGUGACAGCACCCAAAGGCCUAGUUCUCAGAAGGUUUGUGGUGACCCUUGCCCUAUGUGGAGUAUCGGUGAGUGGUCUGCUUGCUCAAAAAGCUGUGGGAAAGGUUUCAAAAGAAGGCCUGUACGCUGUAUCACACAAACUGGGCUACUCCUACCCAGAGACCACUGCUCAAGCAAGAGGAAGCCCCAAGAACUGGAUUUCUGCACUGUUCAAACCUGCUAGAGACUUGUUAAGACUUGCUAGAACUCCUUUAAGCAUUGCAGACAUGGUCUAUAGAACUGUUCUUUUCAGUCUAACAAAACAUCUUGAAUUACGUUUGCUGUCACUUGUGUCUCUCAUGGUACCUCACAUGUGUACCAUGAUUCAACAGGAGACAGUGACCGGUGAGACUGCAGACACACAUGAUUGGAAAGGCUGAGGUACAAACGUUAUCAUUUCUGUGAUGAUUUGAAGUCACAUGUAACCUACCUCGAAAAGACACUGACCAUAGUACAAGAUCAUUUGUUUUAUGAUCAUAACAUUCAUCUUUAUGUUGCAAAAAUUGACAUAUACAAAAUAAAUAGGGUUAUAAAUAGGGUUCGAGAUUACAGUGAAAGAAUCUGAUUUUCCUUAGGUGCAUGGGUUAAAUGUGAAGCAUUGCUCGUGCACUACAAAAUAUUAUAAUAUUGGUUUCAUUUGUUGAUUCUGUCUUUGUACUGCAAAAUAUCCUCACUUCAUGCUUUAUAGUAUAACUACAUUCACAAUUAAACAGACACACAAGUAAAACCACACAGGCAAAAACUGUUUGUGACAAAAUAUUUGUCAUUUCCUAUUUUAAACAUUUGUAUAUGUGAAUCACAUUUAAUUGUAGGCAUUUGUAAUUGUUGAAUACAGUAUUUCCCAUCAGUGUGAUUCUUUUACCCUAUCAGUACACUCUAGCUGCAAAUAUGAUGACUUUGUUCCCAUCAACAUGUUCCUCCAUGUUCCUUCAAAGUAACUGAACCCACUUGUGUAUACUGGUUUCAUUCUCUGCUGUAUUUGAGGAGAUCUUUUCUGUCUAGUUAGACAAGACUUAAAUAUCUAUUGCUGUUUAUGAUUUUAUUUAGGAAGGGUUAGGAAACUUUUUUCUUUCUAAAAACUCAUUCUGAGGAUUGGUUCUGUAUGUUGUAUCUUUUGACGUAGUACGAAGCACUUAUAUUUUGUUACCAGUUUCCUUUGUAUACUGUGUAUACAUUAUUGUAACUGUGCAUAAAUAAACAUUUAUGCAUGAUUUUAAAUUACAUACUUAAAUUUUUUGAAACAAAGCAUAUAAAAUAUAAAAGGUUUGAUAUUAGUUUCCAAGCAACAGUAGUGAGUAGUGGGUGAGAUAAUUUUGCCAAGCUGCAGUCAUUAAGCUCCAUGAUAGAGUUGGAAAUUACUAGUGCUUCCACUGCACACUGUAAUUCUGCUGAUACAACUGUUCUGUGUCUCCUAGAAAAACAGCCAUAGCCUUCCAUAUGCCUAAUAAUCCUUUUCUAUUGUCAAGGAGGAUGAGACCUACUCCCACAUUUCAUAUGUCUAACUGCACAUGAAGCUAGUUACAAUGUUUUAUACAUGCUUAGUUUGCAAGCUUAUGCUUUUUAAAAGCUAUAUUUUCAAAUAUCAGUUUAAUAUCAGAAGGAAUCUUUUAUAACAAGAUAAAGCAAUUUUAUAUCUGGCAAGAAAUACUAUAUGGAGUUAAAAGAGUGAUGCACAACUUGUGUUGCCAAUAUUUAUUAGUUUAAGCUCAUAUGGAAACAGAUGUUCUAUGAUAAAGUCUAUCUUUGUGUAAGAGAAGUAAGGCAUAGUGAGCUGUUAUAGGAAAAUAAUGAUGGGGUAGUGUGAUGUGGCUUAGUGCAAAGAGUUACUGUUACCACCCGAAAGUUGAUUAUUUACCAAUAACAGCAUGUGUUGAAAUGUUUUAUUCCUCUUAUACCACAGUAAUUUGCCAAUGUUAACAAUUGUUUUUAUUUAAGAACGACACAUCAUAAGUUUGAUCAGUUUAUACUCUAUAUGGCCAAAGGUAUGUGGACACAUGAUCAUCACACCCAUAUAUGGGUCUUCCCUAAACUGUUGACACAAAGUUAGAAGAACCCUUAUUUGUGUAUAGGAUGUCUUUGUAUGCUGUAGCAUUAUAAUUUCCCUUCAUGGGAACUAAGAGACCCAAACCUGUUCCAGCAUGACAAUACCCUUUGCACAAAGCGAGCUCCAUGAAGACAUGGUUUGCCAAGGUUAGAGUGGGAAAACUCGAGUGUCCUGCACAGAGCCCCUCAACCCCACUGUACACCUUUGGGAUGAACUAGAACACCAGCUGCACCCCAGGCCUCCUCACCCAACAUCAGUGCCUGACCUCACUAAUGCUCUUGUGG